AUGAUAUUAAUCAUCGUCUUAGUAUAUACAACUCAUCAGGCUAUUAUUUAUUAAUUUGAUGCAAACUCUAAUGCAAAUAGAGACUGUAUUUAUAUAAUUUACUAUUCUAUAUUAGAGUGGCAAGAUUCUUUACUUAAUUAUUAAUUCAUUACUUGUGGUACGAUCAAAUAUUUUGGAAAAUCUGUUGAUGGUGGAAAUGGGAUUAGCAGAGCAUUUUUAGAUCUAGAACCUCAUUCUCAUAUUAUUGUGGACGCAGAAUUUGUUACGUAAUUAUAUAGUUAAUUAAAAAGUAUUGAUAACAAUCAGCAACCUUCUGUUUAAAUAGAUUCUUAAUGGAUUACUUAUUCAUCAGUGUUAUAAUCUUAAUCUGAAGCUUGUGGAACUCUACAUAAACGUACAAUAUCUAUAACUCGGAAACAUAACAGGAGAUCUUUGUGGAUAUAUUUUGAAUACAAUUAUAAAGGAGGAUUAAUAUCAUUCAAAUUGAGUAUUAAUAAAUGUUAAUAUGGAUGUGCUGGAUGCAUUGAGAAUUAUAGUAUAUUUUGUUUAUAAUGGAAACUGCAUUAGUAUUCAUUAAAUCAAAAUUAACUCACAAAUUCUGAUGGAUGGACUUUUGGAUCAUUUAAUUAAUUUUAUAUUUAUUUAAGGUCUGCACAUUGCAGAUUUCACAGCUUUUCAGAGAUUAACUAUUCUACUCAGCUACCUCCUCAUUCAGAUGUAUUAAUAAGGUUUUUUAAGAAUGAUUAUAAUACCAUAAUAGUGAACUAUUUAUAUGGUUAAUAAACAAUAAAUUCUGCAGAAUAAUAAAUAGAAAUAUUUAUAAAAAAUCAUUAUGAUCCUUAAUUAAGUUUAAAUAUUAAAACCCAAUCAGGUACAGCUGAAAUAAGAGAUAUUGAAGUAUUUUACAAUAAACUAGAGAAAAUUUUUAUUUAAUUUUAAUUCAAUGAAGGUUGUUUAGAGUAACUAGAUGAUAAAUGUUUGAUUUGUCAAAAGGGUUGGAUUUUAAAUUAAUAAUUAAAAAAAUGUCAUUUAAUUUCUGGUGGUCAAAAUAUUCAAGCCUAAUAAGUAUAUGAUAAAAGCUUUUGUUAAACUUUUUAAUUUGGAAUUGUUUAGCAAUAUUAAAAUGGAAUUUACUCUUAGUGCGCAUUGAAGAUAAACAGUUUUAAUGAAGGUUGUUUAGAGUAACUAGAUGAUAAAUGUUUGAUUUGCCAAAAAGGUUGGAUUUUAGAUGAAUUAUUCGAAAA